CUUUCCCGUCUCUGUGGUAGUGUACGCUCGGCUCUCUAGGCCUCGGGAGCUCUGUGGUGACGGUGGCCGAGGUGGCUUGUUCGUCCGAAAAGAGUGGCGGGAGCCGCUCCACUUCCUCCUGGUUUUCCCGGGAGCUCGCUUUCCCGGUGACCUGGCUGAGAAGGGCUUUCAGGCGUCCGGACUCCGCCGCAAAGGUGUUUCGUGAUCCCCGGGAGCAGGUGCUGGCACCAGGAGCAUCCCUUGGGGCCGAAUGUGCCGUGGACGAUGCCCCUCCUAACCCAACAGAUCCAAGAUGAGAAUGACUACAGCUUAGUGGCCAGCCUUGACAACGUUAGGAAUCUCUCCACUGUCUUGAAGGCUAUUCAUUUCCGGGAACAUGCCACUUGUUUCGCCACUAAAAAUGGAAUCAAGGUUACAGUGGAAAAUGCAAAGUGUGUGCAAGCAAAUGCUUUUAUUCAGGCUGGAAUAUUUCAAGAGUUUACAGUUCAGGAAGAGUCUGUUACUUUUCGAAUUAAUUUAACUGUUCUUUUAGACUGUUUGUCUAUUUUUGGAUCAAGUCCUAUGCCAGGGACUUUAACUGCACUUCGGAUGUGUUACCAAGGGUAUGGUUACCCUUUGAUGCUGUUUCUGGAAGAAGGAGGAGUGGUGACAGUCUGUAAAAUCAAUACUCAGGAGCCCGAGGAAACUCUGGAUUUUGAUUUCUGCAGCACUAAUGUUGUUAAUAAAGUUAUUCUGCAGUCAGAGGGGCUCCGUGAAGCGUUUUCCGAAUUGGAUAUGACGAGUGAGGUCCUGCAGAUCACCAUGUCUCCUGACAAGCCUUAUUUCAGGUUAUCUACUUUUGGAAAUGCAGGAAGCUCCCACCUUGACUAUCCCAAAGAUUCUGAUUUGAUGGAAUCAUUUCAUUGUAAUCAGACUCAGGUCAACAGAUACAAGAUUUCUUUACUGAAACCCUCUACAAAGGCAUUAGUCCUGUCUUGUAAGGUAUCUAUUCGGACAGAUAACCGAGGAUUCCUCUCAUUACAAUAUAUGAUUAGAAAUGAAGAUGGGCAAAUAUGUUUUGUGGAAUAUUACUGCUGCCCUGACGAAGAAGUUCCUGAAUCUGAGUCUUAAGUAUGACAGUUCACUGUGAUAUUUCUGGAUACAUUUGUGAUAGGUCAUGUUCUCAUUCUGGGUAUAGUCCACUUCAUUGUUUCUUACUGGAUUUCCUAAAGGGAAGAAGUGUGGUGGAGAUGGAAGCAAGGUCCCUGUAGCCUACUAGUUGCUGUGUGUUUUGUAAGUAAAUGUUUUCAUGUAGUCAUAGGUUAUCCAGUACUGGACUAUCCUGUGGUUCUGUCUUUUGAACGCAUGGGAAUCAUCAUAAGCCAAGAUGAAUAAAUCAUAUGCUCUAUUCUAUUUAAGUAGGACAUUUCAAGAGUCUAAAAAUUUAAAGUUUGAUGAAGCCAUAUCUGAGAUGUUCUAUUAUUUAUUUACUAUUAGAAAAAGCAAAGGCAAAUGGUCAUUGCUUAUUUGUUGGAAUUCCGGAGACUACAUCUUAAAGCAGUAAUUCUCCAAGUGUCGUAGCCAGAUCAGCAGCAUGAGCGUCACCUGGGAACUUGUCAGAAGCUCUGAGGUGGCCCAGAGAUCAGGAGUUUAAAAAGCUUCUCUCCAGGAAAUUCUGAUGCAUGCUAAAGUUUGAGAACCACUGUUCUAAGGGAUACUUUUUUAAAAAUAGCAUUUAAUUGCAUUGAAGUAAUUGCUUUACAUCUCAUUUCCUCACAAACCUUCUGAAGUUUAGCCAUCACCAAACAAGUUUGAAUAAUUAUAUGAUUUAUUUUUAAAUUAUACAUUUUGAAGAAGACUAUGAACAAGAUAUAAAGUAGUCUUCAGAGAUACAGAUUUUCUUUUUGUUCUCAAAACUGUUGAGUGCAGUAAGUACUUGUUGGAUACCAUCUCUUUGCCUUUAAGAGUUUCUCAACCAAACCAAGGUGUAGAAAACCAGUUAUUAAGUGAUUUUGCACUUUCUUGGGUAAUUUCCAAUGAAAUAAUUUUUGUGGCAUGUAGAUAUUGAAUAAAGUGUAAUACUAAAAUUGUCUUAUUUUUCAGUAGGAAAAAAAUCUAACUUAAAUGAAGUUUCUGUAUGAGGUAGCAAUAGCUCAGUGUCUCUAGGUAGGCAGGCACUUUGGGCCUUGUGAGUGGGACAGUUCUUCAUGGGAAGAAACUGCCAGCCCAUUGCAGGAUUCAUUUAGCCCCCUGGCCCUUAACCACUAAUGCCAAUCAUUGUGACCACCCCCUCCACCAAAUAAAAGCACCCCCGUACUAUUGAUAGUUGAGAACCGUUGAAUGAUAGUCACCAAAAUUUGCAGGUGUAUUUGGACCGCCCUGCCUUAAAAUAGGCCACAUAGCAUCAGAGGAAAUUGGUUUGGGGGUUAUUGCAGCCAAGCACUUCAGAGAAAUGCUCCCCCAGAACAGCGGCAGGUGCUAGUCAUAGGCCCUUGUGCAAUUCUGGGUAUCUGGCCAGGGUGAGUACCUGAUAACUCAUAGGUCUCCCCAGCAAUCUCAGGAUGCCAGCUGGUACGAAGUAAGUUGGAGUUUUGUAAAGUACGGUAUAUGUUCAAGAAGGAAAUGAAUGGAUCUACUAAAUCUCCAAAAAUAUUUUGUUUAAACACAAAGAACAGAACAGAUCUAAAACGUAAUUCUGAAACUAUUUAACCAGUCAACAUUUCAAGGACUACUGUUUUCCUUUAAAUUUAACAGUGCAGGGGCCGGCCCGGUGGCGCAGCGGUUAAGUUCGCACGUUCAGCUUCUUGGCGGCCCAGGGUUCGCUGGUUCG